UUUAUUUUGUUUUACUGAGAGAAUUAUUUUUGAAAGACAUACCAAUAAAUUCUCUAGUUUUUAUUUAUUCAUUUUUUUGUUUUAUUUGUCUAUGAGAAAAAUACAUUUAUUUGGAUUAGCUUUCCAAUUUCUCGUUCAAGAUGGCACUGACUUGAAUAUUUCGAGCGGCCUCUCAACUUUUGAAGGUUAAGUUCUUAUUUGCUUGCUAUUUCUGCAUACAAACUUUCAAUUUUUUAUCCUAAUAUUGUAAAAUACGGCAUAGAUAAAUAAUGACACUGCAGUAUCUUCAUCUACGAGCUACGAGGAUAGUUUAUUGAAUUAAUUCUCAUUACUUGUGUAAAAAAACAAACUGUUAUGCACGUUGACUUGUCACCUCAUCUACAUUCCCAAGAAUGUAAUUCAUUGAUUGAAAGUUACAGAAAAUGUCUCGAAGAAAAUAAAUUCAUGAAGUUUCUUCUGGCUUGUGAUAGUAUGGAAAUUGCUAUGGAAAAUGCCUACGAAGAGAAAGACUUGCAAGACAUAAAGCUCACAACAAAAUGGUGGAAGAGAAACGACGCAAAGCUAGUGCAAAGAGUGAAAGUGAUUGAUGAAUUCGACACAAGAUGGAGACUGAUAAUAAAUAAAAAUUUAUUCAUUCAAAUUGAGGUAAAUGUGAGAAGUGUAGAAGUAAGAUAGUAUAUAAGAACUGACAUCAACUUGAUAAUAAAUACAAAUUUUAUUUGUUAAUUGAAAUCGAGGUAAAAGUAAUGCUUUGACACCACAAAAUAUAGGUUGAUAGUAAAUAAAAAUCUAUUAAUUUGAACAGAGGGUGGAAAGUUAUUUUACUCCACCAAAUAUAGAUCGAAAAUUACUGAACAUAAUACUUACAGUAUUUAUUCAUUUACACAAGUAGUACAAAAUCAAAUAAUUGAUUAGGAGAUAAUUGACAGGAUAACAACCAAUAGUGCUUCUCACUCCAAAUUUGUAUAGUUAGUACAGUCAAUUGAAUAAUAUCUAAUAAAUCAUAUUCAAAUAAUGUGUAGAGAUUUCAUAAUUGAAUAAGACCGAUAAUGAAUAGAAAUGUUAUUUAUUGAUUCUCACAUAGGAUGAAGGUAGAUUUGACUCGAUAAAUAAAAAACAAAUAAAAAAUAAACUAAACAAUAAAAUAUGAAUAAACAAGUAAUUAGUUGAAAAUUGAGAUUGAUUUCACGAUUAAGUAAGACCGAUAGUAAAUAGAAAUAUGAUUUAUUUAUUCUCAGGGUGAAGAUUGGUUUGUUUCGAUAGAAUAAAAAACAAAUAAUAAAUAAAUUAAACAUUAAAUAUAAAUAAACAAGUGAUUAGUUGAAAAUUGAGAUUGAUUUCACGACUAAGGAAGACCGAUAGUAAAUGGAAAUAUUAUUAAUUGAUUCUCAGGGUGGAGAUUGAUUUGACUCGUUAAAUUAAAAAAACAAAUAAUAAAUAAAUUAAACAUUAAAUAUAAAUAAACAAGUGAUUAGUUAAAAAUUGACAUUGAUUUCACGAAUAAGUAAGACCAUUAAUAAAUAGUAAUAUUAUUGAUUCUCAGGGUGAAGAUUGGUUUGUUUCGAUAAAAUAGAAAACAAAUAAUCAAUAAAUUAAACAUUGAAUAUAAAUAAAUAAGUUCACGUUGAAAAUGGAGAUGGAUAACGACAGUGAAAAACUGGCUAACUCUUUGGAGACUAUCGAAAAUAACUCCAUGGAUAAUAACAGUGAAAUACUAGGUAACUCAGUGGAGCCUAUCGAAAAUAGCUACAACAAAACCGAGAUUUUUCCGUCAGUUGUCGACAGAUACUACACAAAACGCUACGUCCUAGACGUCGGCCACAAAUUCGGCGACUACUGCAUACUAUUCCACUCAAACCGCAUCUGUGUAGUGACACUGGCUCCCUCGCAUCCGAUCCGAAGCAUGAGGAAAAAUAUCGAAAGCCUCGACUUCCAGAUAUCGACUAGUAUCGAUCGACUCGACAAUCGAGUUAGCGGAAAAUCGAAACGCGGCGCCCAGCGGUUGGAUGUGAACUCGGCGCUCUGCUUUGCCAAGUGCGCUGACGGGGAAAUUCACAAGAUAUGCGCUGGAAUCCCCGGGAAACUGGUGGAAAUCAAUGAAAAUCUGCCGGAAAAUCCAAGUCUGCUGGUUGAGUGUCCGGAGACGGAGGGGUUUGUGGCUAUUGUGCUACCGUCUAUACCUACUAGCGAACGGUUUAAGGCUGAAUUGAUGAAUUAUGAGCAAUAUUUAGAGGCAGUUGCUAAGAGAGAAGGUAGCUGUGGAAAAGAGGAAAGAAAACAGGGCGGAAUUGAUGAAUUAUGAACAAUAUUUAGAGGCAGUUGCUAAGAGAGAAGGUAGCUGUGAAAAAGAGGGAAUAAAACAGGGCGGAAUUGAUGUAUUAUGAACAACUUUUUGUGUACUUGAGAAGUUGAUAUUGUGGUAAUUAUUCAUAUUGAAUGAAAAAGACUAAGAAAUUGUCAAAAUCCACAGAUUUAUUGAUACUUAGAAAGACCGGUUUCGGUUAUUACACCAUUGUCAAUCUCUGAUAAACUCGUUUAUCAGAUAGAAAGACCGGUUUCGGUUAUUACACCAUUGUCAAUCUCUGAUAAACUCGUUUAUCAGAUGACAAUGGUGUAAUAACCGAAACCGGUCUUUCUAAGUAUCAAUAAAUCUGUGGUUUUUGACAAUUUCUUAGUCUUUUUCAUUCAAUUAUGAACAAUAUUUAGAGGCAGUUGCUAAGAGAGAAUUUGAGAAAGGUGAGGUUUCUAAGUGAGAAAGGUUGCUAAGAGAUCAAGUAGUGGUGAGAAACAGGAUCGGAAAUAAUAGGGUUUACGACGGUACCGACUAGAAAACGGUUUUAUGAAUUUCAUCUCAUUUCAAUUUUCUAAUUUCAUUUUCCAUCUUCCAUGGACCACCUAUGAAAGUGGAUUUGUCAAUAAAUUUAACGAAUUAGUAUGAACUGUAAGAGACAAGGUAGUAGUGAAAAAAUACCUCAAAGAUACCUCAAAUGCCUGAAAAAAUACUUCAUUCAACUAGACGACAUAAGCAGUUUUUAAUUCUAUCAUAUAAAUGUCCAACAGGAAAAACAUUCUAUUAUUUACAAUCAAAUUUUAUAGACCGUGCAUUGUUCUUUACAUACAUUUAGCAAAAAUUCAUUUAGUCUUUAUUGAAGUUGAAAUAAGUUUUGAUUGAUCAAAAUUGGAGAAUGCAUACAAUCACUUUCUUUUUUAUUAUUUUUUUCUCAUCUGAGCAAAAAGUUAGCUAAAUCUGAUUAUAAGUGCAGUAUGAAUUGAAGCAAGUUGGCAGGUCUUGUCCUGAAUACUGUUAUAUUUAAUUUGAAGUAACUAAAUGGAUUAAUAGAAAAGCAAAUAUACAAAACUGAUACUCCAUCCUCCACAGGCUUAGCCUCGGGAUUUUGCUCUUUUAUUUCUACUACUUUGUAACUAUUGAUCGUUGUGUCAGCGGCUAUUGAUUGUUGAUUACUCAAUUAUGCUUUGUGUUUCGUUAUUUUCUUCACAUUUGUUUGUUGUUGUAACACAUAUUUAUGUUAAUGUUUUUCUGUAAGUAUGGGAAAUGAAUUCUAUUUGAUUUGAUUUGAAAAAGAUAAGGAAAAUAGGUUUUACGACGGUACCGACUAGAAAACGGUUAGAUUAAUUUCAUCACAUUUCAUUUUCCAUCUCCCAUUGACCACCUAUGGGUAUGUGGAUUUGUAAAUAAAUUUAUUAAAUUAUAAACUGUAAGAGAAGGUAGUGCUGAGUUAGAGGAAGGAAAAUGAUAGGGUUUACAACGGUAUCGACUAGACAACGGUUAGAUGAAUUUCAUCUCAUUCAAUUUUUUAAUUAAUUUUCCAUUAUCCAUUGACCACCUAUGAAAGUGGUGUGUGAAUUUCUCAAUAAGUUUAUUGAAUUAUAAACUGUACAAGAGAAGGUAAUGGAGAGAAAUAUGUAGGUAAUAUAGAAUAGUAGGUUUUAGUUUAGGAUGAUUAUCUGUUAAUUUUGAUUCAAUAAAUUGAUUGUUGGAAAA